GAUCGUUUGCCCCUCCUAGAUCCUGGCUGUGAAGUUGUUCCAGCUCCCAAACUCUCCAAGCUCCAAGCAUCAUGAGGUUAUUGCUUGGUAUCAACAAACAGCACUUGCUUGGGAGCCUGAGUAGAGGUGUAGGAUGGAGAAGCCUGGGUACAGGGACAGCUCAGGGCCAAAAGUGGGGCUGCCUGAAGGGUGAUACUAUCAGAGUAGGUUGCUCCUCGGGAUUCUGGGGAGACUCUUCAGUGUCAGCGCCUCAGCUGGUUCAAAAUGGAAAUAUUGACUACCUCGUCUCAGACUACCUUUCUGAGAUUACCAUGUCUCUGCUUGCUGCAGCCAAGAGGAAAAACCCUGCGUUUGGAUAUACCCCAGACUUCAUUCAGAGCAUGAGGUUGGUGAUGAAGGAGGCGAAGGCUCGUGGGAUCAAGGUCAUUGCUAAUGCUGGUGGCGUUAACUUAGAGGCUUGCGUGGAAGCACUCAGGAAAACUGCCCAAGAGCAAGGGGUGGACAUUUCUGUUGCCAUGGUAGCAGGAGAUGACAUGAUGGACAGAGUGAAUACUGUGAGAGAACUGGGAGUGAGGGACUUAGACACUGGAAAAGAACUGCCAGACAAAGUACACAGUAUGAAUGCCUAUCUGGGGGCGUUUCCAAUAGCUGAAGCUCUUGAUCUUGGAGCUGAUAUCGUAGUCACAGGGAGGUGUGUGGACUCAGCUUUAGCGCUGGCCCCAUUCAUACACAAGUUCGGCUGGAAAAGGACUGACUAUGACCUUUUAGCUGCAGGAAGUCUGGCUGGCCACUUGAUAGAGUGUGGAGCACAAGCCACAGGUGGCGUCUUUACCGACUGGGACAAGGUGGAUGGAUGGGAUGACAUUGGGUUCCCAAUAGUGGAGUGUGACAGCGAUGGAGAGUUUGUGGUCACCAAGCCGAGUAACACAGGAGGGCUUGUGUCCACGGCAACCAUUGCAGAACAAUUGGUGUAUGAGAUUGGAGACCCGAGGAGCUACAUGCUGCCUGACGUCACUUGUGACUUCACCAAUGUCACUCUAUCUGAGGUGUCCCAGGGUGAGGACUGCGGAGUGAAGGUCACUGGAGCACUGGGGAAGAAACCAUCAGAUGACUACAAAGUCAGUGCAACAUGCUCUGAUGGAUAUCGAGCAAUAUCUGUGUCACCAAUCAUCGGCCCACGUGCUGCUGAGAAGUCAAUGAAGACAGCUGAUGCAAUCUUAAGCAGGAACCGGAAACUCUUCAAAAUGUUGGGCUGGGGAGACUUUGAUGCAACCAACGUCCAUAUCAUUGGUUCAGAAAAGUCGUAUGGAGAACAUCGUGUCCAGAACUUGGAGCCCCGGGAGGUGACAAUGUGGAUAGGAGUGAAGCAUCAAAAGAAGGAGGCCCUGGAACUGUUCACAAGGGAAAUUGCUCCGGCUGGAACAGGAAUGGCUCCUGGCCAGACGACCCUUAUUGGUGGACGUCCGACAGUGUCACCUCUUCUUCGAUUGUUUUCUUUUCUCUACCCAAAAAGUGCGUUACCAGUGAGCAUCAACGUCGAUGGAGAGGAAAAGCAACAGACAGUGUACACUGCACCAGCCGCUGACGAAAUACAAAAAGAGACUUCCACAUCCCAAGAGACUGACUCACAACUCAAAACUGGUUCUCACGAGUACAGACUGGAACAACUGGCUUACUUGAGGAGCGGAGACAAAGGAGACACAUCCAACAUAGGAGUGAUUGCUAGACACCCCAACUACCUGCCCUACAUAAAGCAAGCUCUUACAGUUGAGGUAGUAACAGACUAUUUCAAGCAGCUACUGGAGGAGGACUCAAAAGUAGAGAGAUUUGAGCUCCCUGGGAUCCAUGCCCUCAACUUUGUGCUGACCAAGGCUUUGGGCGGUGGUGGCAUCGCAUCCAUUCGCAUUGAUCCCCAGGGUAAAGGGUAUGCUCAAAUGCUUGCUGAUGUAAAAGUCUCAAACCUACCAUCUCUAGAAGAUUUUUAGCUCAAACAGAGUGAUUUACAUGCAUGCAUAGCUAGUUUUCUCUGCUACACAUUUUUUUGUAAAUUAUGUGCGAUAGUAAACACUUGAUGCGUAUGUACGUGACUUGAAA